UUGUGUUUACAAAAUUUUUUUUAAAAUUUCUUUGCAGUGCAGUGUUUUAAAAAAAAAAUAAUUGAAACGUCUCAAAAGAAAAAAAAACUAAUUCUAUGUUUUGUUGUGUUUUCUAAAUGAUAUCGAAUUUAAGUACCAUGAAGUGGACUAAAUUUUUAGGUGGCCUGUUAGUUAUUUGUUUGUAUAGUAUUUCAACAGUAAACGCUUCAGAAUUAUUUCGAGGGACAGUAUGUUCAAUAAUCCAAUUCCGAUGUAACAACGGAAAAUGUAUACCCAACAAAUGGGUUUGUGACAAAGAAAACGAUUGUGACGAUUUUUCUGACGAAAGUCCUGAAAUUUGUUCGAAGGGGAAAACAUGUGCAUCAAACGAAUUCCAAUGUGGAAAUGGACGAUGUAUACCAAGUCGAUGGCAGUGCGACAGUGAAAAAGAUUGUAGUGAUGGGACCGAUGAGGAUCCCAAACAAUGUCAACAUCGUCAAUGUAGCGACCAUGAGUUCAAAUGUGGUACAACUGGACCAUGUGUGCCAGCCGCAUGGGUAUGCGAUGCUCAAGCCGAUUGUAUAGAUGCCUCUGAUGAGUUAAAUUGUGAGGCAAGGGAAUGUGGCGCCGAUGAAUUCACAUGUCGAUCCGUUCCUGGCGAGUGUGUCCCUCUUACCUGGAUGUGUGACGACAAUCCUGAUUGCUCCGAUGCAUCCGAUGAAAAAGCAUGCAACGAGACAUGUCGAUCCGAUGAAUUUACAUGUGGAAAUGGAAAAUGUGUCCAGCAGCGAUGGGUCUGCGAUCAUGAUGAUGAUUGUGGAGACGGGUCAGACGAGAAAAACUGUCCGGUAACCACGUGUGCACCGGAUACGGAAUUCACAUGUACCAGUGGUACCUGUAUCACAUCAAAAUGGCGAUGUGACGGAGAUAAAGAUUGUCCAGAUGGAUCAGAUGAAGUGGGAUGUCCAUCUGGUACACAACACGCGUCACAUUGUAUUUCAACAGAAUUUCCAUGUGACGACGGUACAACAUGUCUACAUUUGUCGUGGGUAUGUGACGGAGACGUUGAUUGUCCUGACGGUGCUGAUGAAUCGCCAGCACGAUGUAAAAAUGCAACGACAUGUAGAUCUGAUCAAUUCCAAUGUUUGACCGGUGAUCGUGCAUGUAUUUCCGGUCAUUUAAUUUGUAAUGGUGUUUCCGAUUGUGCAGAUGGCACGGAUGAGAACGAUUGUCCAACACCUGCAGCUCAAUGUGAUCCAAAAACUCAAUUUGAUUGUGGCGGUGGAAUGUGUAUUCCAUUAUCUGCUGUAUGUGAUAAAAAACAAGACUGUCCCGAAUGGAAGGAUGAACCGACUGAUAAAUGUGAUAUUAACGAAUGUGCUGUAUCAAAUGGUAAUUGUUCACAAAUUUGUCACGAUACUCCAGCAUCUUAUUAUUGUGAAUGUAAACCUGGGUAUAAAUUAGUAGGUGGACAUAAAUGUGAAGAUAUUAAUGAAUGUGUAAUACCUGGAACCUGCUCACAGGAUUGUACAAACGAAAUUGGUAGUUUUAAAUGUGAAUGUCAAGCGGGUUAUAUGCGAGAUCCACGUGAUCAUACUCGAUGCAAAGCUGUAGAAGGUCAUGCAUCUUUACUUUUCGCACGGCGUCAUGAUAUUCGUAAAAUUUCACUAGAUCAUCAUGAGAUGACAAGUAUUGUAAAUAAUACAAAAUGGGCGACAGCUUUAGAUUUCGUAUUCCGAACGGGAAUGAUAUUCUGGAGUGAUGUAAGCGAUCAGAAAAUCUACAAAGCUCCAAUCGAUGAGGGUAGUGAUCGAACUGUUGUGAUUGGAGACGAGCUCACAACAUCCGAUGGUUUGGCUGUCGAUUGGAUUUAUAAUCAUAUUUACUGGACGGAUAGUAUUAAAAAUACCAUCGAAUUGGCAACCUUCCAAGGUCGCAUGCAUAAAGUUUUAAUACGGGAUAAUCUCGAAGAACCACGUGCGAUUGCACUUAAUCCAUUGGAGGGUUGGAUGUUCUGGACUGAUUGGGGUAAAGAACCUAAAAUUGAACGUGCUGGUAUGGAUGGUUCACAUCGGCAAACGAUUGUUUCAUACGAAGUGAAAUGGCCGAAUGGUUUAACACUUGACCUCGUACACAAACGGGUCUACUGGGUCGAUGCGAAAUUAAACGUUAUUUCUUCAUGUAAUUACGAUGGUAGUGGACGAAGAUUAAUUUUAUAUGCACCAGACACACUUAAACAUCCAUUUUCCAUAACAACAUUUGAAGAUUGGCUAUAUUGGACCGAUUGGGAUAAUGCAGCCAUUUACAAAGCAAAUAAGUUUACUGGUCAACAUGUACAACCAGUCACAUCGACCCAAAUGUUACAGAAUCCAAUGGUAAUCCAUGUUUAUCAUCCGUAUCGGCAACCAGAUGGACAAAAUUAUUGUCAAGCUGUGAAUGGACGUUGCUCACAUUUGUGCUUACCUGCACCACAAAUUAAUAUACAUUCACCGCGUAUCAGUUGCGCAUGUCCGGACGGUUUACGCUUACUUUCUGAUGGUUUGAUGUGCGUACAAGAUGCUAAAUUAAUUAUUAAUACAACCUCCGUAAGAACAACGACCUUAAGUGAUUUAGCAAAUACAGUCAGAACAGUAAAUCCUGGUGUACAAAAAUCACAUCCAAACAGUACGGUAUUCGUACCAGAAAAUUCCGAUGCUGGUAUGAUUGCUGUCAUUGUAAUAGCGAUUGUAACAGUUGUUUUAAUUGUUUUGACACUGAUGGCAUUCUUCAUAUAUCGACAUUACUUACAUCGUAACGUAACAUCAAUGAACUUCGAUAAUCCAGUGUAUAGGAAAACCACCGAGGAUCAAUUUUCAUUGGAGAAAAAUGUGUAUCAACCGUCAAGACUGUAUCCAAGCACAGUUGGUGAAGAGGUCAUUGAGCCACUGACAAGUCCGAGUACAAACGAUUUUGUAUGAAUGUGCAAUCGCUAUAAAAUUUGUAAAGUAAUUUAAGUGUAGUCGUUUAUCGAUUUUUUUUUCACCAAAAAAAAAA